GUCUUAUUUACUUUAACCGUGACAGCUAGCAUACAGCAAACUUAGCUACCUGUCGACAUUACUGAGUUAAUAGCUUUGUUAAUUCGGCGUUAUGGUAAGGAAAGCCUCCAGAGGUGUUAGAAAGUACAAACUAAAACACAAACCCCGCAAGAGGACUCAUCAUCAGCCCCGUCCAACCAGGACCAUCAUGACCCGCAGCCAGGCUAACAUCCGCGGCAGCUUCUUCGACAGGCUCCCGGCAGAGGUGUUCGACAUGAUCCUGGAGAAACUGUCUGUGAUGGAGCUCAGUGUGUUCAGCAUGGUGUCCAAGGACAUUACUAAAUACAUUGUGGACCACAUCUCCACUCUCGCCUGGAAGAAUAAAAGGAUCAUUCAAAACUUUCACAACUCCACCUGCAUUGAACAGAGAUGCACUGUUGGACACUACAGAGACUUGGGAUUGUUGUUCAAGAGAUGCACCCUGUUGCUACCAACAAAGGACAGGUUGAAGUUUAUCUUUUGCAGGUUGUCAGAGAUCCCCUGCUUCCUGUUUGGGCAGUGUUUGGAACCAGACUGCAUUGGCUUCGACUGCUACGGAGUCUUCCUCCAGGCACUGAUCGCAGGGUGGGAUGAGCUGGAGUGCCACAGAGUGUUCAACUUCUUGUGUGACCUCACAAAUCUGAUGCCAAAAAUAGAUGCAGUCAUCACUGGAAAACCAGGGGUGAGGUGUUACCAAAAGCUGCAGCUCCGUCUUUACUGCCGCAGAGUUCUGUUGGACCCGUGGCUGAACCAGCCUGAUUGCCAGUUCUGGCUAAUGCAGCUCCUGAAGCCUUGGCCCAUGGUCAGCCAGGCACAGUUACUGUUCAUGCUGUAUGGACCCCUGCUGCCUGAGGGCACUCUUGGCUUGCAGGAUCUGGUGGAGAGGGGGCUUCCUCGCAGUGCUCUGUGGGACCUGGCCAGAGCCAUCCUUAUGCUUUUCGGACAACUAGAAGUCAAAAGCCAGACCACCUAUCCACUGCUGACAAUCUUGGAAGAGCUCUUUGUUGUUCCUCAGCCAUGGCAUGUGGAGAGUGUGGCUCGUCUGUUGGUGCUGUGUGGCAGCAAGCUCUGCUACAGUGUUCUGGCCAGCAAGGCCAUCAAUGGACAACUCCCUGAGAUCUGCAGACUCAUCGUGUUCAUCAUACUGGUGUGUGAGAAGGACGGCUAUCACAUGUCCUGGGCGGUGAAGUUGGUGCAGCAGAUCUGCAAGGUCUUCAGCACGGCUCCUGAAAGGUUCAGCUUCAUCCACCACCUGGAGAACAUGUUUGCAGAGGUCACCCGGGAGUUUUUUGAGUCCUCUGUGACAGGGAACCCUCUUGAGAACAGGGAGACUUUCCAAACCCUGUGUAUCCUCCUGGACUCCAGCGCUCGCUUCCACACCAAAUUCCUCCACAUGUUCCUCAUACAGGGAUGAUGCAGAUCAAAAGUGACCAGAGGAAGCGUUGGGGAAGAGACAAACAUCGGUAAUUCACAAAAGAAGUGAAUAAGAGUGAGUGAUGGACCUUUAUGACAGUAAGACUUGAACAUGGGCAGUGUUAUAAUGAAUGUUCAGAGAACUCUA